AUGAUAACUAAUAGAGAAAAUAGGAAAAAGAAUGACGGACUCCGACGGCCAGUCCCAGAGCCCGAAUAAUGUUUACCCAACUGUUGCGAUGUAUGGCCCAUGUACUGUAAGGAACCUGAAGAAAGGGGAGACCAAAUUAUGGUGUGCUUGUGGUCUAAGUAAGAAACAGCCCUGGUGUGAUGGGUCACACAAAGACACUGGAAUCAAGCCUUUAAAGUGGACAGUGAACAAGUCACAGAGUCUCUUUGCAAUCUGUGCCUGCAAGUACACCAAGGACCCACCCUUCUGUGAUGCUACCCACACAAACCUGCCAUGUGAAGUCCUAGCCAGACAGAAAAGUUGUACCUCUCUUCAUGUUGCUGACAAAAAACUAUGUACAGGCUGUGGAUGGGUGCCUGAUUUCUGACAUACAUUACUAACCAGAUCUCCUUACAGUGUCAUAACUAGAUUUAUAAAGUGCAGUAAAGGUGAAUUUGAGAGGAUGGUUACACAUGUAUCAUUAAAUAUUUGUUCAGACUGGCAGUGUGAGAGUCUGUCCUCUGACAUACUAUCAACAAAAUGAAUACUUACUGUGUGAGAGCAUGUCCUGAAACACCACCUCACCAUCAACAAACUGUGUGUGAAAGUCCAUCCACAGACAUACCAUCUCGUCCUUGCCAAUUUAGUCUGUCCCUGUUUAAGGAUAUCUCUAUAUAUCAGUAUUAGGUUUGGUGGAUGACAUGUUGUUUUUCAUUUAUUACAGCAGACAUCACUUUUCAUCAUGAAAGUGAAAGGUCUUUAUUGGGUAACAAAAUAUCUGCUAGAAUGGAUUUGUGUGUAAUGAUAUGUAUAUUUUAUUGAAUUGUUGUGUUUUGUUUUUAUGGUGAACUUGGAAUUUAACAGAUAUUAUAAACCUAUAUGUAGAGAGAUAUUAUAUCUAGUCUGGCAUUUAUGUGGCACCAACUGAUCUGAAGCAUGAUGAGUUUUGAUACUUUUUAUGAUUACAUCACUGUAAAUACACUGAAUUGUUGUUUAUCUACUGUACAAGCCUAGCAAAUACUGUUUUAUAUUUGUUUUGAUGAAAAUAUUUCAAAUGAAAUCAGUUGAUCAAA